AUGUCAGGGUCGUCAAAGACACUUCUGCGGCAUAUUGUGUCUGUAUUUGAAAACUGGUCUAAUAACAAGAACUGGGAAAAGUCUCCAUCACAAGAUAUAAAGGACCUCAAUGAUACUAUUUAUGCAUACAAAGAAAGGCAUAACCUGCUUGCAUCACUCAAUUCCCAACUAAACAAUGAACUACGAUCGACUUACAGCAAGUACAUUAAAGACUCGCUGGAGAUUUCCAAGGAAAGAUUGUUCCUUGACCUUUUGACCAGACUUCUGCCGGUUCUUAGUGCAGACGAAGUCAAGGUCUGGCUUGCAACAUACUUGUUGCCUGCAAUUGAAAGCACUGGGUUUGACAUUUCGUUUGUCAGAAAGGCCAAGGAAUUCAUUAAGCUGGUUCUGGCAAGCCCGUACCCGACAGAUGAUCCACCUCUACGAGAAAGGAGACUGGCCAUUGCACGCAUGGUUGUGGAAUACGUUUUGCGUAUAUAUCUUGGAACAGACCAGGAAGCAUACGGUCUCAUUGGCUUGGAGUAUAAAGAUGUAGCUGCCAAGAACCAGGACACUCACGAAAACAUAGAGAAGGUCAGAAUGAUGGAGAAGAAUUGUGGUCUCAUUCUACGAGAUUAUGGCCUUUAUGACCCAGAGGAGUUUUUCAAGCUUCUUAACACUUAUUUUUGCCUUCUCGCCAACAGACUUAAGACACUUACACUUAUAGCGAUGUUUGUUUCGAAGUAUGGCUCGCAUCUGAAAGCUAUCCUACGAACUCCACUAUUUGGGAGCAUCCUUCGCUGUCUACUUCUUGAUUCCAGUGAAACGGUUGUUGCGUGUGCACUUUCGCUCAUGGUUAUCUUGAUGAGCAGAGUCUGUGACAGUAUUGGUCCUUAUUUGCCUGACUUACUCGUCAUCUAUAGUCGGUUAUUAUUAUGGCAGGAUCCAGAUCACGAGAUAGGCCUGAAUAGGUCGGACAGUAUAUCUGGUAACUACGAUGAAAAGAACGCCAAACAUCUGUGGGACCCGGCUGAGGCUGAUACUGAGACAAUUGCAAUGAGCUCGCAUCUUUACUACAACGAUGAGUUUAAUCUUCUGUACUUUACAACUUUGCUUUAUGCCUUUUUCCCCAUCAACCUCAUCAAGUUCAGCCGAAAGCCUGUGGAAUACUAUAAGGACUAUCAGCCCAAGAUAUUGCAUGAUCAUGGCAUUUUAUUUUCCGAAGACAUCAAGCAAGUGAUAAACAAGCGUACCAGAGAGCUCUGUGAACAAAUGAGACUUCAUCCAAACCUAUUGGAGCAAAUAACUCCUGAAGAGGAACUCGAAUCUCCCCUUAAAUGGAUAUUACAAGGUAACGAAGGACGCGAUAUGGCCGAAAGUGAUAUAAUGCUUCAGAGCCUUCGACUUAAUCCAGCCUUCAUGCUAUGGGGCUCUACUGAUAUCCAGCAUGACGAUUAUUCGACACCAAGAAGGUCCUCGCUUGUACCUGCUAACCUCCUUUCUGAAAAGUCCCCCAAUGAACCCCGUAUCAAGUUCAAGAAUGUGGACUAUAACCUUCCCAAGACUGUUCCUGAGAGUGCUUCUCCAAAACCCUCCAAUGCUACCAGUCUAACGACUUCCGAGAACGAAGGCGGUAUUCUGGACCUCUUUUUGGCACAUGAAAAGCUUUACAAGAUGUCUAAUACGAGGAGAAAUUCUGUGCAACAAGAACUACAAAACCCACAAACUGCCACAGGCAACUUUCAGGCUACCGCCAAGAGUGCUUCAGUUCUUCUUAAUGAGCAACUCAAAGGAAAGAAAGAUGAGGAGGUUGCUUCGUCUAAGGGAGGCGCUUUGGAAUUCUACCAGCGUGAGUUAUUGCUCUGUAAAAACGAGCUUGAGUUUACAAUUUACAUGAAAUACUUGAACAAAGUCAACUACAUAAAGCUAAAGAUGCAGUUGAAUGAACUCUCCAGGGAACUUGCAAAAGCCAAUAGGGAGGUACUUCAGGAAAAAGAGACUUCAAAAUCGCCCGCUGCAUUGAUGGUUCCUUUUGAAGAAUUGCAAAAGACCAGCAAAUCUGCGAUAAAGGAGAGUGACCUCAGAACAGAGAAGCUUUCUGAGAGGGUCUUAGAGCUCCAGAAGAAAGUUGACGAGCUCAGCGAGCAAUUGACUGAUACGAAGCAUGAAAAAGAAACUUUAGAAGAAGAUUUUGAGGCGUAUAAGGUGUCUGUCAGUGGCAUGGAGCUCGAACUCAAAAAUCUUCAAUUGAAGGAAACUGCUGAGCGCUCCAAGGCUGAAGAAAUUGCACCUGCUAAGCAUGAAGUACCGGAUACUCCAAGAACGCCUGAGCCAUAUAUAUCUGAUCAUGAAGGUGAAUUGCAAAACCUUCGGACUGAACUAGAGAUCGCCAUUUCACGAAACAGUAAUCUCGAGAGAGAGCUCCGUGACUUAGAAGAGAAGAUGGAUCUCACAGUCAGAGGGUAUGAGAAGAAGAUUGCAAAUCUGAAGCUUGAUCUCGGGGAUCCAAAGAUCCAGGAGCUCAAUGCUACGAUCAUGAAGUACGCUACUUCUAUCGAAGAAAAGAACAAUAUCAUAAUGCAGUUCACUACUUCCAAGCCGAUCAAGAUACCUGGAGGACGUGAAAUGGCAGAAGCUGAGUCCAGCCCAGUAAAGCCAAGGAACAUUCCAAUCCCAGCAAGGCAAAGCAGAAAUCUUGAAUUUGGAACACCAGACCAAAGAGGUAACCGUGCAAUGCAUGAAUAUUUCGAUACAAGAUCAAGUUCGGGUGCACUGAUCAGAUCCUCCACCUCAGGUCAAUCAGGCCAACCUACUAGGCCUUCCCAAGGCAUGUUCAGACUGCCUACGACCCAGUCAAUUCCUAUUAUCAAGGGUCGUGGAGGUUACCAAAAGAGGUCUAGAAGAAUGUGA